UCUGUCACUCACGGGCAGAUUGUUGUCAAAAUGGAGUUCUUACUUGGGAAUCCUUACAGCACUCCCGUGGGCCAAUGUAUAGAGAGAGCGACAGAUGGAGGGCUACAGAAUGAAGACUGGACCCUCAACAUGGAGAUCUGUGACAUUAUCAAUGAGACAGAUGAAGGGCCAAAAGAUGCUGUGCGCGCCCUGAAGAAGAGACUCAGCGGGAACAGGAAUUACAGAGAAGUGAUGCUAGCACUAACAGUGUUGGAGACGUGUGUGAAGAAUUGUGGUCACAGGUUUCACGUCCAGGUUGCCAAUAGAGAUUUUAUUGAUGGUGUGAUGGUCAAAAUCAUCUCCCCUAAAGCCAAUCCUCCAACUAUAGUACAAGACAAAGUGCUGUCGCUCAUACAGGCCUGGGCUGAUGCCUUCAGGAGUAGUCCUGAUCUAACUGGGGUCGUCCAUAUUUAUGAGGAACUAAAAAGGAAGGGCAUCGAGUUCCCAAUGGCAGACCUAGAUGCAUUGUCUCCUAUCCACACACCUCAAAGGGGUACACCGGAGGUCGACCCUGCCAUGCUGACGUACAGAGCCCCUGCCUCACCUGCUGUCAAGCCUCCUAAACCUGCUGCAGCCCCAACCUCUGCCUCACAGAUUGCCCAUGUGCCCAAUCUACAACGGCCUAUCACACCGACGCCUGAACAGAUUGCCCGGCUGCGUAGUGAGCUCGACGUAGUGAGAGGGAACAUCAAAGUCAUGUCAGAGAUGCUAACAGAGAUGGUCCCUGGCCAAGAAGAGGCAUCUGACCUUGAACUACUUCAGGAGCUGAACAGGACCUGCAGGGCCAUGCAGCACAGGGUGGUGGAGCUGAUAUCGCGCGUCUCCAACGAGGAAGUGACGGAGGAGCUGCUACACGUCAAUGAUGACCUGAACAAUAUUUUUCUCCGAUAUGAGAGGUACGAACGGUAUAGAUCGAGCAGAGCUACACAGAACAAUGGGAUGCUGAAUGAGGCUACGGAGGACAACCUGAUAGACCUGGGUCCAGGCUCCCCUGCUGUGGUCACGCCCAGGACCACCUCCAGCCCGCCACGCCAGUCUACUACUGGGACUGCAGCCUCUCCUGCCAGUAACGCCACUAUGUCCCCACUGUCCUCUGCACUAGCUGGUCUUGAUGUAGGUUCAGACAGCGUAAGCAGUACUCUGACCUCUCUGUCAGCCCACAAUCGAGACGACUUUGACAUGUUUGCUCAGACCAGGAGCAGCUCGCUGGCCGAUCAACGGAAAAAUGUUAAGUAUGAGGACCCUCAGGCUCUGGGUGGCCUGGCCUCGGCUCUGGAUGUUAGACAACAGAACACGGGAGGGCUGAGGGUAAAAGGGGAUGAUAACCCAGCAGAUCAGGAGCUGCCCAUAGACAGCUGGCUUAUUACCCAAGGAAUGAUCCCCGUACCGCAGUCCUCUGUCAUGGAUGAUAUAGAGGAGUGGCUCUGUACUGAUGUGAAAGGUGAUGGUGCGGAGGAGGGUGUGACCAGUGAAGAGUUUGACAAAUUCCUGGAGGAGCGUGCAAAAGCAGCAGACUCUCUUCCACCUCCCCCUGGAGAUAACCCAGCUCACCCUGCCCGUGCACCUAGUGGCUCCCACAAGAAGGCUGAGCGGACAGAAGAUGCCCUCUUUGCCUUGUAGACUCUGAUCAGAGAACCUUGACCUCUCGCUAGAAUGUCUGGAGGUCCUGGCCCGUCAUGACUCUUCUGAAACUGUCCCUCCUGUCCCAUUUCGUUACUGGCUGGCAGUAACGUAGCAAACCGUCUCACCUGCUUCUUCUUCUUUUGUCACUGUUCUUCUAAAGCACAUUCCCCCAGUAUGUUACUGCACACUAAUGUGUUGUGUUUAAUGAUAUAUGGAUGUAUUAAACUGGCAAUGUGGGAUGUAUUUGUAACCAAAGGAUGACAACCUUACUUUUUUGACAGGGUUUUAAAAAUCUACAAUUGCAUUACUGGAAAAGGUUGAUGAUGAAAGUUAUUACUGCAGGCACAUAUACCCGGUCAGUAUGAAAGCAUUAAAUUAGCAUUACAGCCUACUGUGUUAUCUGCUACUUUCAGCUAAUUGUUAUUUUAUGCAUUAAUUGUAUGAAUGGUCUAUUCCGUAUUAGUGCAGUAAUUAUGGCCAAUUUAUACAUUUUAUUUCAUGCAAAGAAUAAAAUCUUACUUUGUUAGAAAUUUAAUAUUGAAUAUAAUAUGUGGAAUGAAUAAUAUGUCUAUAGUGAUGUGUUAGAAUUGUCUGGCUAAAUAAGCUAGCCAGAAUCAGUAGAUUUGCGCCCCCCCCCAGGAUGUCCGUUAAUCAAAGGGAAAAAACAAAAGGAGAGAAAAUUACUGGUUACAAAUCGGGAAGGUCUGUGUCCAUUAAUCUCCCCUCCUUUUUUCAGUCCAUUGAAAACUACAACCAAAAAUAAUAAUAAAAAAAAAAGUUUGAAAAGUUGCAAACAUGUUCAGCCAUUCCAAAGAUUUUUUUUUUCCGGAUUUAAGUACCAACAUGCACGCAAUUGUGCCAGUUGAAAAAGCAUCAUUUGUCAUAAUUUCAUUUUGGAAAGAUGUUCUGUUCAUUGUGCAUUCCCUGUUAUAUUAGUGAUAGUGCACUUUGUCGCAAAAACAAACCUUUAUAUUGUCCUUUGUCUUUUCAAGAUGGCUACUAUUUUUAUAAGGGAUGGGAAAAGGUCUUUAGAUUGACUUCAUUUUGCACAUAACUUUUGUAACUCUUUCAUUCCAACACCUGUCCAUUAAAUACACACAGAUGGGCUCUGACAAGUUGUGACGACAAAAUAUUUCAGUGCAGUUAAGCAGUUACAUGUAUAUGCAAGUAACAAUAUCACAGUGGGCAAAACUGUUAAUUCAGAGUCCAAUCAACAUCAACCAUUGCUGUCAACUCACUAUUAAACAAAGGUCGAAAGUGAAAGUUUUCAUUGACAUCACUAUAUAACCGCAAUGCGACGUCAGUGACUCACAUCCCCUAACCAAAAGAGUGUUUUUUUGGGGGGGUUUCCAGUCUGACAGGGAUUUGAGCCAAAGACCUUCUGGUCACAAGCACAAACCCCAGCUUUUCAACCAGUGAUUUGUGUUACUCAUGUAACCCAUAUACUUUUCUGUAUAUUUGUUGGUAUAUGUCAAGUUUUUGGUAUACUUGCCAGUCAAAACUAAGUAUACUUUAAGUAUAUAUUUGAUAAGUAAACUGAAUUAAAAUAAAUGUAUCCAAGUUUAUGAGCAGUACACCUCUUUUAAACUAAAAAAUGAGUAGGCUUUCAGUUUUCUUAUGUACUUAACAGAUUAUACUUAAAGUAUGCUUAGGUUAUACUGACAAGUAUACAACAAAAAGAAAGUAUACUUCAUGUAUGCUGACAAAAAUACAGAAAAGUCAGUAUAAUUGUAUAGUGACAAUUAUUCAGGAUAAGAAGUGUCUUCAGGUAACAAAUCAGUGGUGAAAAAGUGGGACAUGUGGGGAUAGGGAGAUGCAGUUGAGACCAGAAGGCCACUGAAUCAGAUUCCCAUCAAUCAAUCAGUUCUUUGUUGUUGUUGUAGGGGGAGGGAGUAGUCAAUAAUUGAAGUUGCACCAUGAUGUUGAUUCAAUGUCAUACAUUGACAUCAAUGAAAACUUUAAUUUUUAUGUUUUGACAAUAAUUGUUGAUAUUGAUUUAACAUUAAAUUGAUACUAAUUGCCCACUGGGGUGGCACUUAAAUUACUAUGAGCACAUCUUACCACAGGCAAGCUAAUCAGCAACAAGAUGCUCUACUUUAAAGGAUGUUUUCAUGUGUACGUAUUUCUUGAAAUACUAUAAAAUAUGUAUUCUGUAUACCUCACAAUUCAUCAAACUUAAUUUCUGUAUCUGAUUAUUGGCUAUUGAUGAUAUCCAGAAGGCACAAUUUUUUUUAUGUAUUAUUAAGUACCCCAUUAUAUUUUUGUAUUUCAUCUUAAAUCUUCCCUUGAGAAGACAAGCUCAAUUUGUGUGAGCUCUUAAAGUAUUUUUAUUUGUGGUUCAUCAUUUAUGAAUUAAGAUUGUGGCAAAGUAUCUUAAAGUGGAGUUCAUCUUUGGUUUCUUCAGAUUACACUUUGGUGAAAACAGUAGAAUGUUCUGUUCCUGUUCUUGAUGCCCUCUAGAUUAUUUCCUUUUAGUCUUUUAAAGACCAAACACCAACUGGCAUUAGUGAAUUGGAAUUUUCUUAUGUCGUAUGAUGCAAACUUAUUGUCAGUAUAGGCCAUCACAUGGAAAGUAUUCAUGAUUUGUUGACCUUAACAUAUUUAUAGUGUUAACAUUAAGAAUUUCUGUAAGUAAUAAUUCACUAUUUAAUUGUAUUUUAAUGGAGAAAAUGUAUUAAUUAGCCCUAACGGUAUUUAGCGCUGUAUGGUUACAGGAUAACGUGUAUUUCAGGUAACUGGUAACAGAUUUACAAUCAGCAACCCACUUUGGAAACAUAUUAAUGAAAGGGACACUACACUCAGUUUCUGUUUGUGACUUAUCUCUGGGUCUAUAACGGCGUGUGUUGUUACUUGUGUUUAUGUAACUCAAAGCUAGCCAUGUCCAAGCUGUUUCAGAAAGUGAAUAUAUGUUUUGAUGGUAACACUGUGUAUGUGGAAGAAAGGCUUGUUUUCUUUUUGUGCCCUAUGUCUGUUACCAAGGCUCAGAUUGCUCUGUGGCUUAAUGCACGUAUGUAACUGUCCAAUAAAACACUAGCAGUUUGUGACCUCUACCUCAUGACUGUUGGUGCUUAUUGAAGGUUGUGUACAAG